AUGACAACAUUAAAAGGCAUUUUCCCUGAUUCAAGUACGUCAGUAAUUGGAAUUAUUCGCUGACAAUAAAACAAUAAAAUAAUUUUGUACUUGUGUAUAAUCACCUUUAUUUCAAAUUAAUGAUUAAUAUCUUUUUUCUUUCUAGAAUCAAUAAAAGGAAAAAAUUUUAUAUAUGAAAAUGUGAAAAAUCUUCGUCAAUUUCAUGCUAAUAAAGGAACAGAAGAAACACAAAAAUCACAAGUAUCCAAUCAAAGAAAGACGAUUAAUAAUGCUAACUGUAGUAAUAAUUACAACAAUGUUUUACCCAAAGUUAACACAAAUCUUCGAAUGAGAAAACACGAUACUAAUGCGAAUAUAAAUGUAAAUACUAAAUUAGAUCAACAUCAAGAAUUAUGUAAGAAAACGAGUGUGUCAACUUUAAACAAAAAUAAUGUUCCUAUGAAAAAGACAAUACAUUCGAUGAGUAACAAUUUGUUAGUUAAGGAAAGAAAGAAAGGACAUAAGGAAUUACAUAAAUGUAAGCAAAAAUUGCAUGAGAAUGUUUCAUUAGAUCCUGAUAUUUCACAUAAAUCUGUUGGGGAUAAUGAUAACUACAUAAAAGUUCAAGUUAAAGUUAAAAAUCAAGGUAUUCAAACAUUGGAUACGAAUGAAAUUGAAAAUUUAUAUUCUGAAGGGAUAGUUAAAUAUCCUUCAAAGAAAUAUUUGGAUUAUAAUGAAGUAAUAAAAAAUGAUAUAAAUGAAGAAAUCAAUGUAUCUUCGAGGAGUAUAACAAAUUCACCAUUGGAUCAAGGAGAUAUUCAAGUUCUCGAAAAAAAUGCACAAAAUAAAAAGAAUAAAUGUGAUACAAAAAAUUACAAAUCUUUAUCGUCUAAAGAAGUAAAUUUUAUUAAAUUAAACAAAGAACAUAGCUUUGCAACUAAUAAAACGAUAACUCAAGUAAAUAACAACGCUAGUAACAAUACGAACAACAACAACAACAACAAUAUUCCUACAAACUAUCGCAUGGGUGUAGUUCCGAAAUAUAUUAAAAAUAGAAAGGAAAUUCAAGAAAAGAUGCAGAAAGCUAAACAAGAAGAAUUAGAUCCUCAUUGUCCAAAUGGUCAUGUUCCAUUGCCUGAUAAUGAGCGCAAGGAAACAUUGCAAAUGUUAAAAAAAAAUUACCAAGAUUACGUAAAUGAAUUAAAUAUGAUGCCCAUAAAAGUGGAUACUCUUAGGGCGCAGAGACGAAAAAUAGAAAUAGAAAAGCAAUUGAAUAAAUUAGAAGAAGGGAUAAAAGUUUUCUCAAGACCAAAAGUUUAUGUAAAAAUGAAUGCCUGAAUUAUUCUUUUGUUAUAUAAAAUUAUAUAAUUUAAUAUAUAAGAAACAGGAAUGGAACAACAAAAAAAGCUCCUAA